AUGGCCAACAGAGAGGACUAUACCAAUGAAUCCACCUAUUUGGCCGAGCAUGUCAUAGAAUGUAUAUACUCUUCUUUCGAUUUGGGAAAAUUUGUUAUCGAGUACAACCUUAAAUCUCAUCAAGUCCCCACUUCCGUCAUCUGUUUGGAAAGCAUCAGAGACAGUUUCUAUUGAGAAGUAAGAAUACUCACGUGGACCGAAUUCAUACCAGAGAUUGGUAUAGUCGAUUACUUUGUUCAGUCUAACUUUUAUGGUCUUUUCAAUAAUAAAGUUUUCCAUAAAAUGAUAAGAGAAAUCAUUCUAUAAACUGGACAUUCAUAUAACGAGGGUCAAAUAUCAUCCAUGGAACUGUAUCUUUCCUAGAAAGACCCCCAACACUGAUUUUAAAAGCCUUCGUCGUAUAUAUUAUGCAUUUCUGGGUCUCUGAUGAUGUUAUUUAGAGACAACAUUUGAACUAAUAAAAGUGCCUCCUCUACCAUAAACUUGACUGGUUUGUGUUAUUGUGUACCAAGCUACAGCAAAGAAGGAAAGUAUACUAAUCAUUCCUCCAAAUGUUGUUUUGAAGUGAGUAUUUCCAUUAAAAUUUAAAGAUAUAGGAACUCCAUACAUAUCAAUUGACGCAAAUGCUUUGGUAACGCAUUUACUAAUCUUCCA